GCAGACACUUGGGGCCCAACUGAAGCUACUGGCCCCCCCCCACGCCUGGCCAGGACAGCCAGCAGCGAGACGCUUUUCCUGGUAGGGGCAAUCUGGCCUUGGGAGGCAAUGCGGACACGCUGCUGCGUUGCUGCGCUAGCAUCUGCAUGGGCCUACUGGUCGGACGUGUGCACAGGCACAGAGAGGGAGUACUUCAAGCAGGGAAAAACUAGAGAGUUCCUUCAGAUUCUUGAAGAGGGUUCAAGCUCAGAGAUUGACGAGUAUUAUGGAGAUGUAAAAUAUGAGCGGAUUGCUAUACUAAAUGCUCUUGCGGCAUACAACACAAACUGUGGGAAAUUGGAGACUAACAAGAGGGAGAAGGAAGAGUACUUCAUCAGGGCGACUCAUUACUAUAACAAGGCCUCAAAGAUUGAUCAUCAUGAACCAACCACCUGGGUUGGAAAGGGCCACUUGCUUCUUGCAAAGGGUGAUCUUGAUCAAGCAUAUGAAGUCUUUAAGAUCGCGCUUGAUGGAACGCCCAAUAACGUGCCCGCUCUUCUUGGACAGGCAUCUGUGUUUUUUCACAAGGGCAAGUAUUUUGACUCUCUCAAGUUGUAUAAGAGCGCACUGGAGGUCAAUCCGUCAUGCCCUGCAACUGUUAGACUUGGGAUUGGACUCUGUCAUCUAAUGUUGAAGAAUAAGAGCAAAGCGCGCCAAGCAUUUGAGCGUGUGUUGCAGCUGGAUCCUGAGAAUGUGGAGGCUCUUGUUGCUCUUGGCCAUCUUGAGCUCAACGACGACGAAGCUCAGAAUGGAAUGAAGCCAGACGCUGUGAGGGAGGGUAUGCAGAAGAUGAUGCAGGCAUAUGAAAUCUACCCCUUUUGCACCACCGCGCUGAACUAUUUGGGUAGCCACUACUUCUACGCUGGCCAGUCUUAUAUUACAGAGCAGCUGAUGGAGGCAGCCCUUAGCAGCACUGACAACUCUCAGAUGAGAGCAGAGAGCUUCUACAACAUGGCACGGACGUUUCAUGCAAAGGGUGAUUAUGAGAAGGCGGCGUCUUAUUACCGCGCUUCAUGCCAAGAGGUCAAGAACCCGAAAGACUUCAUCCUUCCGUUCUAUGGCCUAGGGCAGAUUCACCUGAAGGUCGGGGACUUCAAGGCUGCUCUCACAAACUUUGAUAAAGUCCUGGAGGCUCGCCCGGACAACCCGGAAGCUCUGAAGGUUGUUGGCAGCAUCUACAUGCAAACAAAUCGGGAAGAGAUGGCUCUAGUGAACUUCAAGAAAGUCACAGAAAUCGACCCAAGGGAUGUAGAUGUUGUCAGACGAGGCUCUGACACCCGCCAUCUGGCAGCCUGCCGCUUCCCUGAGGCUGCUCGGAUCAUUUACUCCCAGGUUUCACCAGGUACCAGUAAGGCUCGCUGCCCUCCUGAGUCUCCAGUACCCAGCUCGAAACGGAAUGGUGGCACCAUUGGUACCAGCGGUACCAAGCCUACAGGCCCGGAGUACCUUCCUCCAGCAGCGGUAAUUCCGUUGGUGCCGCAGUUUGACCCGGUAGUCCUGGAUCAGAGCCCAGCGGUUCCAGGAUUUUCGUGAUCACUGUACGAGUAAAUUUUUCCCUGGACC